AACUCUUGAUGCUGGAAAAAAAAAAAACUCGCCCAAUGAAAUUUCAUUCAGACUGCAAUUUUCAGAGUUUAUGUAUCUGAUUGUGCACUUCGAAGCUGCUCCUCCUGAUUCUGUAAUCCUGUAGAGUACAGAAGGGAAUACAAAUCUUGGUGAUGGAUAGUACAGCUUGUACUACCAUCGUCGUCUUCCUCCUCCUCUUGCCGCGGUUGUGUUCGUCGGCCAGCGACAAGAUAGAGCUUGGCGAGCAACUGUUGCCGGGGCAAACAAGAGCUUCGGAUGGCGGGGCCUUCGUGCUAGGCUUCUUCUCGCCGUCCAAUUCCACACCGGAGAGGCAGUACAUCGGCAUAUGGUACAACAUCACCGACCGCACCGUGGUGUGGGUGGCCAACCGGGAAGCUCCGGCGAUCGCCGCCGGCAGGUCCAUCGCCCCGAGGCUUGCGCUGACCAACGACUCCAACCUCGUCUUGUCCGACGCCGACGGCCGCGUUCUUUGGUCGACCAAUGUCACCGCCGGCGUCGCGGCUGGGCGCUCGACCUCGCCGCCGGUGGCCGAGCUCCUCAACAAUGGCAACCUCGUCAUCCGGUCGAACGGCGCCAUCCUGUGGCAGAGCUUCGACCACCCGACCGACACGCUCAUACCUGAGAUGAAGAUCCAGCUGAACAAACGGACGCGGCGUGGCGCGCGCCUUGUGUCCUGGAAGGACGCCGGCGGCGACCCCUCGCCGGGGAGCUUCUCGUACGGCAUGGACCCGGAGACGUCGCUCCAGCUCGUCAUGUGGAACGGGUCCAGGCCGUACUGGCGCACCACCGUGUGGACGGGCUACCUCACCUCCGGCCAGUACCUCGCCGCCACCGGCACGACCAUCUACCUCGACGUGGUGGACAACGACGAUGAGAUCUACGUGAAGCUCAGGGUCUCCGACGGCGCCUCGCCGACGCGGUACGUGAUGACCAGCUCCGGCGAGUUCCAGCUCCUGGGCUGGGACAAGAGCUCGUCGGAGUGGAUCACCUUCAGCUCGUUCCCGACGCACCACUGCACCACGUACGGCUACUGCGGGCCGAACGGCUACUGCGACAUCACGACGGGCGCCGCCGCCGCGUGCAAGUGCCUCGACGGCUUCGAGCCGGCAAGCGGCGGGGAGUGGAGCGCCGGCAGGUUCUCGGGGGGUUGCCGGCGGAAGGAGGCGCCGCCGUGCGGUGGCGGGGAUGGUUUCUUGGCGCUGCCGCGGAUGAAGGUGCCGGACAAGUUCUCGACGCUCGUCGGGAACAUGACGUUCGACGAGUGCGCGGCGAGGUGCGCCAUGAACUGCUCGUGCGAGGCGUACGCCCACGCCGACCUGAGCAGCAGCAGCGCCCGGGGGGACAUCGGCCGGUGCUUGGUGUGGGCCAGUGAGCUUAUCGACAUGGUGAUGAUCGGCCAGACGACAUGGGGCCGCGCCGGCGAGACGCUCUACCUCCGUGUUCCUGCAAGUUCAACAGGUAGCAGGGGAAGGGGAAAUGUUGUGAAAAUUGCUGUGCCAAUACUGGCCAGCGCUUUAGUGCUCACCUGCAUUUUCUUUGUAUAUUUCUGCAAGUCCAGAGAGAAUAGAAGAAAAAGAGAUAGCCAGAAGACGUUGGUUCCUGGAAGUAGGAAUACUUCAAGUGAACUUCUUGAGGAAAAUCCUACUCAGGAUCUUGAAUUUCCAUCCAUACGAUUCAGUGAUAUUGUUGCUGCAACAGACAACUUCUCCAAAUCAUGUUUGAUCGGACGUGGAGGAUUUGGAAAGGUUUACAAGGUAACAUUAGAAAAUGGUCAAGAAGUUGCAAUCAAAAGGCUCAGCAAGGAUUCUGACCAAGGAAUAGAGGAGUUCAAAAACGAGGCUAUUUUGAUUGCCAAAUUACAGCAUAGGAACUUGGUUCGACUUCUUGGCUGUUGCACUGAGGGAUCUGAAAAGUUGUUGAUAUAUGAAUACUUAGCUAACAAAGGCCUAGAUGCUAUUCUUUUUGAUGGUGCGAGAAAAUCACUGCUAGACUGGCCGACACGAUUCGGGAUAAUCAAAGGUGUCGCUAGAGGACUUCUUUAUCUCCACCAAGAUUCAAGAUUAACUGUAAUACAUAGAGAUCUCAAGGCAAGCAAUAUUUUGCUGGAUGCUGAAAUGAGACCCAAAAUAGCAGAUUUUGGUAUGGCCAAAAUUUUUGGUGAAAACCAGCAAAAGGCGAAUACCAAAAGAGUUGUGGGAACAUAUGGCUACAUUGCUCCUGAAUAUUCUACCGAGGGAAGCUUUUCUGUCAAGUCUGACGUCUAUAGUUUUGGAGUACUGCUCUUGGAGAUUGUAAGUGGUAUCCGGAUAAGCUCUACCGAUAUCAUGGAAUUCCCAAGCCUUAUAGUCUAUGCAUGGAGCCUAUGGAAGGAAGGCAAGGCGAAAAACCUGAUAGAUUCAUCCAUUGCGGAGAGCAGUUCAUUGGAUGAAGUCCAGCUUUGCAUCCACGUCGGGCUCUUGUGUGUAGAAGACAACCCGAACAGCAGGCCGCUCAUGUCAUCUGUUGUGUCCAUCUUGGAGAAUGGAAGCACAACAUUUCUGGCAAUGCCAAAUCAGCCUGCAUAUUUUGCACAAACAACAAGUGAAAUGGACAAAAUGACAGACGGUAGCUCUAGAAACACCAUGACUAUGACAGUUCUUCAGGGACGGUAGAGCAACUCAAACUUAAUGUAGAUGUGUCAGGACGGUAGAGCAACUCAAACCUAAUGUAGAUGGCUCUUGUUUUACCAGAAUAAUGCUUGGGAGGUUGGAGUGCU